AUGGACCUGGAAGAAUCAGUAGGAAAUCAAAACGACAUUGCUCUGAGGUUGACUCAACACGUGAUCGCCACUACCGCCGGGAAAACCUCCAACCUCGUCUUCUCGCCGGCGUUAAUCAACGUCAUCCUCAGUUUUAUCGCCGCCAGAUCUCCCGGAGCCACCGCAGACCAGAUUGUCUCUUUACUCAGGGCUUCUUCAACCGAUGAGCUUAACGCUGUCUCCUCCGGGAUCGUCACCACCGUCCUCGCCGACAGCACCGCGAUUGGCGGCCCGACGAUAUUGGCGGCGAAUGGCUUCUGGAUCGAAAAGUCUCUCUUUGUGAAACCUUCUUUCAAGGAUCUCUUGCUGAAUUCGUAUAAAGCUGCUUUCAACGAAGUUGACUUUCUCACCAAGGUACUCUCUCUCUUUGAUCCAGAUAAACCUAACUCCUUAGCUGAUGAAGUGACUAAAGAGGUGAAUUCAUGGGUUGAAGAGCAGACAAAUGGACUCAUCACUAAUCUUCUUCCACCAAACUCUGCUUCUGAUCAGACUGAUCACAUAUUUGCUAAUGCCUUGUUCUUCAAUGGAAAAUGGUUUAAACCGUUCGAUCCAUCUCUAACAAAAGAUUCCGACUUUAACCUUCUUGAUGGAACCAAAGUACGUGUGCCCUUCAUGACCUGUAACUCCUUCGGAUUCCAUCUCGAUGUUUUUGAAGGAUUCAAAGUCCUCGAUCUAGGGUACAGAGGACCAAGACUCGUAGACUGUCGUAUUUUCUCGAUGCAAAUCUAUCUCCCUGAUGAGAAAGAUGGGUUCCAUGCAAUGCUGGAGAGAUUAGCUUCUACUCGUGGAUUCUUUAAGGACAACAAGGUCCUUACUAGCCACAGGGCGGGUAUCAAAGAACUCAAGAUUCCAAGGUUUAAAUUUGCUUUUGAUUUUGAAGCCUCUGAAGCUCUCAAGGCUUUUGGUUUGGAGGUGCCAUCGUCCAAGAUCUUCCACAAGUCUUGCAUCGAGGUCGAUGAAGUGGGAUCGAAAGCUGCAGCUGCUGCCGCAUUAAGAGGUGCUGGAGGAUGUGGUUUUCGUGUGCUAAAGAAGUAUGACUUCGUGGCCGAUCAUCCUUUCCUUUUCCUCAUCAAAGAACACAGAAGCGGACUGGUUUUGUUCCUUGGUCAAGUCAUGGAUCCUUCUAUGCAUUAAUUUGUGUCCAAAG